GAGGAUCCUCCCUGGAUGCUGGCAUGGAAGAAGCCCCUUGAACUCCGCAUGGGCUAGGUAGCCUGAACUCGAGCUCCAGCUCCGUUCGAGGCUAGCGGCACAGCUGCUCCAGCUUCCCAAGGUUGAGCUUGAGCUUGACAGGUCUAGGCUUGCUCAGCUACGGGCCCAAGGGGCUGGGCUAGUCUGUGGUGUAAUCGACAGUGGCUGAAUGGCUGCAUGCUCAGACUAGUGUGGGCUCUCUGGUUGCAGACUGCUGUGGAACACCACCACUGCUCUGUCGGUACCUCUUGGCCCAGCGCUGGCCGCCGGUUCGGGAAACCACAGCGUGCGCGAUGGGCUCCAAGAGAAAGUCUCCACCCGCGCCAUGCACCAGGCAGUGACAUGGGUGGUCGCCCUCGCAAUCAUCGGCCAGGAACAAGCAGGCAUGUGAUUGUUGUCGUGCGCGCAAGAAAUUGUCGUCUUCCGGAGCCACCGGCUGCUGCAACUGCUACGUUUCACCCCAACCAAAUCAUCGCAUGUUGUGAGGCUUCCCGAUCACCCGGUUUUCGAAUCAUCAUCGUAUGGUUAUGAAAUGCGUGGUGGAGCAACUGGAAUAAUGACCGUGAAGGCAAGAGAUCGAAAGCCCAAGGAUUUCCGUCCUCAUCCUGUCUUCUGCAAGCCAAGCCGCAUAAUUGGCUGCCUCAGGUCCCCCAUUACUGG